CACUGUGUGUGAAGACACACACUUGAAAUUUACUGUUGCCGCGUUUAUAGUUAUCCCGUCUGUCUGUCUGUCUCCCGCACUUUUUUAUAAUUAUCGUUGUGGUGCAUGGUCAGACUCGGAGGUGCUCGUUUUCUGAUAUGAACAUUGGAAAGGUCUACAUGUUUCAGACUGUGAAAGUUCUGAUGUGCAUUUGUGUAAAGUUGAAAUGAAGAAACUUCACAGGAGUGUCUUUUCUGCAUCUGUUUUGAUGCUAUUGGUUCUGGGGUGCUUUGUCAUGAAAAGCCCUGUUAUGGAAAAGUAUCAUGCCAACCCCUUGUUCUUCAAUACAACGAAUCCUCUUGAUUGGAUGGAUGCCAGAGCUCUGCCGGGUGUACGGCAUCCAAGAAAUGACACUAAGUUGAUAUUGGCAGAGACCGUUGUCUUGAAUCUCUUUAUUCCUCGGAACAUGUCCAGAGAAGAACAAGAAGCUCUGAACACAUGGAACCUUCUCAAAUACUUGAUCGGCCAUGAGCAAGCUCUGCCAAAUGCUGCAGAGGCCAUCAAGGAAGCUGGCACUGCAUGGAACAAUGUUAUGUCUUCAGUGGAAGCGGAAAAAGUUAAUAGAAACAAAAGGUCAGGGCUAAGAGAAAAGGAAAAACAAUGUCCUCAAUUCCUCAGUAAGAUGAAUACCACAGGAUUAGAUAGUACUGGUUUUGAGCUACAGAUUCCUUGUGGCUUGACCCAAGGCUCUUCUAUUACAAUAAUUGGCAUCCCGGGUUAUCUUCUUGGUGAUUUUCGAAUAGAUUUAAAGGGGGAAACACUGCCCGGAGAGCCACAUCCACCUAUAAUAGUGCACUACAAUGUGAGGCUUCUGGGUGAUAAAAUAACUGAGGGGCCUGUAAUUGUCCAAAACACAUGGACAGUUGCUCAUGAAUGGGGUGAAGAGGAGCGUUGUCCAUCUCCAACUCCUGAAAAAAUUAAGAAAGUUGAUGAACUGGACCAGUGUAAUGAGUCGGUGGGUAAGGAUGUUAGUCGGGUUUCCAUUAAUGGGAAGCAUACAAAUCAGUCAAGAAAUGUUUCCCUCAGUCCGGAAAGAUCUACAGGAAGACAAUAUUUUCCUUUUAAACAAAAUUAUCUAUCUGUUGCAACACUUAGAGUGGGAUCAGAAGGAAUCCAAAUGACUGUUGAUGGGAAGCACAUAACAUCCUUUGCUUUUCGUGAGACUCUGGAGCCAUGGCUUGUCACUGACGUUAAAAUUUCGGGAGACUUCAUAUUAGCUUCUGUAGUUGCCAGUGGUUUACCCACUUCAGAGGAAGUAGAACAUAUUGUUGACUUGGAUGCACUUAAAUCAUCUCCAUUUCCUCCUCAUAAACAGUUGGAUCUUUUUGUUGGUGUAUUCUCUACUGCUAACAACUUCAAGCGGCGGAUGGCUGUCCGUAGAACAUGGAUGCAAUAUGCUGCUGUUAGGUCAGGAAAAGUUGCAGUGCGCUUUUUUGUCGGCUUGCAUAAGAAUCAGAUGGUGAACAAGGAGCUCUGGGAUGAGGCACGAACAUAUGGUGAUAUACAACUUAUGCCUUUCGUUGACUACUACAGCCUCAUUACUUGGAAGACAAUAGCUAUAUGCAUCUACGGGACACAGGUUGUUUCAGCUAAGUAUAUCAUGAAAACAGAUGAUGAUGCAUUUGUUCGAGUUGAUGAAGUGAUGAAUUCUUUAUAUAAGCUCAAUGUGAAUCGUGGUCUGCUUUACGGUCUCAUAAAUUCAGAUUCUCGACCUCAUAGGAGUCAUGAUAGCAAGUGGUAUAUUAGCCCUGAGGAAUGGCCUGCAGAAACUUACCCGCCUUGGGCACAUGGUCCUGGUUAUGUUGUGUCAAGUGACAUAGCAACAACAAUUUAUAGAAGGCACAAAAGAGGUCGGCUAAAGAUGUUCAGGCUAGAAGAUGUUGCAAUGGGCAUCUGGAUUGCAGAUAUGAAGAAGCAAGGACUACAAGUUACAUAUGUGAAGGAAGAAAGGAUCAUUAAUGUGGGUUGCAAGGAUGGUUACGUUAUUGCACACUAUCAAGCACCCCGAGAGCUGCUUUGCCUAUGGCAGAAACUUCAAGAAGGAAACCAAGCUACAUGCUGCGGCAACUAACCCAUUUCUGUCGGAAGCAAUUUGACGGGAAGAGCAAAACGGAAGAAAUCGUGCAAGAAAAUUGCAGAACUUGUCUUGUGCGGUGUUGUAUAGUAGGUAACGUGUUACUAUAUUAUUGUGUAUAUGUUUAGUGCAAACUGAAAGCUUUAGUUCACUAGGAGUACAUAAUACUUGUAUAGUAUGUCAAGAGGGGGAGAUCUAGCCUUGUAUAGUAAAGUUUACAAUUGAGGCACUAAUACACAGUAUCAGUUUUCUUUGCUGGUU